AUGACAUUGUACGAUAAAGGCGUAAAAAAUGAAAGACGACAAAGAAAUCAAAUAAUAAGACUAUGGACACCUUACUCAAGAAAUAACGUUACUGAAAAAGUGAGAACACCUUACUCAGGAAAUCCAGUAACUGAAAUAUGGACACCUCACUCUGGAAACCCAGUAACUGAAGUAUGGUCACCUCACUCAGGAAAUCCAGUAACUGAAAAAGUAUGGUCACCUCACUCAGGAAAUCCAGUAACUGAAGAAGUAAGGACACUUUACUCAAGAAACCCAGUAACUGAAGUAUGGUCACCUCACUCAGGAAAUCCAGUAACUGAAAAAGUAUGGUCACCUCACUCAGGAAAUCCAGUAACUGAAGAAGUAAGGACACCUUACUCAGUAAAUCCUGUAACUGAAGUAGUAUGGACACCUCACUCAGGAACUCCAGUAACUGACGAAGUAUGGACACCUGACUCAGUAAAUCCUGUAACUGAAGAAGUAUGGUCACCUCACUCAGGAAAUCCAGUGACUGACGAAGUAUGGACACCUGACUCAGGAAAUCCAGUAACUGACGAAGUAUGGACACCUGACUCAGUAAAUCCUGUAACUGAAGAAGUAUGGUCACCUCACUCAGAAAAUCCAGUAACUGAAGUAUGGACACCUCACUCAGUAAAUCCAGUAACUGAAGUAUGGACACCUCACUCAGGAAAUCCAGUAACUGAAGAAGUAUGGUCACCUCACUCAGGAAAUCCAGUAACUGAAGAAGUAUGGUCACCUCACUCAGGAAAUCCAGUAACUGAAGAAGUAUGGUCACCUCACUCAGGAAAUCCAGUAACUGAAGAAGUAUGGUCACCUCACUCAGGAAAUCCAGUAACUGAAGAAGUAUGGCCACCUCACUCAGGAAAUCCAGUAACUGAAGAAGUAUGGUCACCUCACUCAGGAAAUCCAGUAACUGAAGAAGUAUGGCCACCUCACUCAGGAAAUCCAGUAACUGAAGAAGUAUGGUCACCUCACUCAGGAAAUCCAGCAACUGAAGAAGUAUGGCCACCUCACUCAGGAAAUCCAGUAACUGAAGAAGUAUGGUCACCUCACUCAGGAAAUCCAGUAACUGAAGAAGUAUGGCCACCUCACUCAGGAAAUCCAGCAACUGAAGAAGUAUGGCCACCUCACUCAGGAAAUCCAGUAACUGAAGAAGUAUGGUCACCUCACUCAGGAAAUCCAGUAACUGAAGAAGUAUGGUCACCACACUCAGGACAUCCAUUUACUGAAGAAGUAUGGACAACUCACCCAGCAAAUCAAACAGUUGAGGAAGAAAAGACCUCUGAAUCAGUUAAACAACUUAUAACUGAUGGCAAUCGUUUAAUUGGAGAAAUUGAAAAUUUUAUAAAAAAGCUCCAUCUAAUUUCUAAGAAAGUCAAUUUAGGACAAAGAAAGCAGAAACAAAGGUAUUCGAUAACGACCAACAUAAAGGAAGAAUACACAAUUGAAAGUGAAAAAAAAAAUCUCAAUAUAAAUGAAAUUAAAAAAAAGAAGAAUGAAUAAUGCGAGUCGCAAACAUUAAAAAAAUGAUAAACAUCUCUUUAACAAAAA